UCACAGAAUAUGGAAAAUCGCAGAAAACUAUCUUAUUGUACGGUAGUUGGAAAAACUGUACGGAGCAUUUGAAGGAAUACAGUUAUUUUUUUCCUAGCACUUUUUUUCCUGGUUGGCAAAAGAAGUAGCACAAGUUUACCAAAAAUCUUAAAUUUAAGAUUCUAAGGAUUGGUCAUGAUGCCAGGAACACGAAAAGCUAUUUCGCUUCUUCAGGUGUCGUUAUUUGUCUUUAACGUGGUCGAAUCUGCUGACAGUAACAACCAAGAAGCAGUUUUUCACCUCGAAAAAGGCCACGCGCUAGUGAAUCACGUGAUCAAGACAACAAUGACCCAUGAUGCAAUCGACUGUAGUUCAGAGUGUCUCCGAACACAUCUUUGCAAAUCUGUCAACUACCAACACGGUAACAGCAAGAAUCAUCAAUGUCAGCUUAACAGCAAGAGUAAAGAUUCUGCGGCAAAUGUGGAUUAUCAGGCAAAUUCUGGAUUUACUUACUAUGAAAAGAAUCCUUGUGUCCCCAACCCUUGUUCAUAUGCUGGAACAUGUUUAAAGGUCAAUAGUGCCGAGGAAUUCAACUGCACUUGUCUGCAAGGUUUCAAAGGUCGUCUCUGUGAUUCAGAGAGGUUUGGCUGGUUCAGUAGAAACCCAGCAUCAUCUUGCAAAGCGAUUUUAGACGCAAGUGACGGAAUACAUGAUGGGGAAUAUUGGAUCGACCCGGGUAACCAAGGCAGCCCCAUGCGUGUGUUCUGCGACAUGACAAGCAGUGGAGGAGGAUGGCUACUGGUCUCCAACGCAGUUAUACAAAGUUCCUCACAAUCUCCUCCAAAAACUUUAACCACAUCGUUUCGUGAUAUUUCCAACUACAACAACAACCAGACCCUGAUAUCUUCAACCAAUCUACUCCAACUUCUACAACUCAUGCCUUUUACCCAACUCAGAUUCCAGUGCAGGAAAUCAUCCAUUGGUCGCACAGUACAUAUUAUCACAACGAACACCUCUUCAGGGAUCGCGGUAUUAAACUAUAUGACGGCUCAGACAAACAACUUGCCAGUAGCCUGUGGAUCUUUCACUCGUGGCUCGGGAGAUAAUUCUCAGCUUGCGUCACAGUGUUCGAGGUGGGGUAACACAAGAACAGCAGUUAACGUAUGGGGGCACGCGUCUAGGAAGACCGAGUGGCGCAUGUACGACCAUGUAAUGUACAUUGCAGGAGCAUCCCACUAUAUCGUUGUUCCGUCAGGCUACCGGUGUGAUGCCAAUUCAGCUACUAUUUCGCCUGGUGAUUAUUGGAAAAUGUAUGUCCGAUAAAAUCAGGGAAAUGAAAUCCCUUGAUUUCCUCUGUCUUUUUUGCAUGAUCGUGUUCAAUAAAUAUGAGAAUACUACAGUAAAGGUUCAGCAAAUCGAAAACUGGUGUAAGGCUGCUUGCGUGCCCCAAAUAGUUAUCAAAACAUGGAGUGUACUGUAUGUAUCAAAUUGAAAAUAAUUCCUAGGU